GCCGGGCGCGGAGCCCGCCGCGCACUGCUACUGCGGCCACCAGUUUGGCCAGUUCGCGGGACAGCUGGGCGACGGCGCCGCCAUGUACCUGGGCGAGGUGUGCACGGCGGCAGGCGAGCGCUGGGAGCUGCAGCUCAAGGGCGCCGGCCCCACGCCCUUCUCCAGACAGGCCGACGGCCGCAAGGUCCUGCGGUCGAGCAUCCGCGAGUUCCUGUGCAGUGAAGCCAUGUUCCACCUGGGCAUCCCGACCACGCGGGCCGGGGCCUGCGUCACGUCCCAGUGCACAGUCGUCCGCGACGUGUUCUAUGAUGGUAAUCCCAAAUAUGAAAAGUGCACGGUUGUGUUGCGUAUAGCUUCCACUUUUCUAAGGUUCGGCUCCUUUGAGAUUUUUAAGUCCGCAGACGAGCACACGGGGCGUGAGGGCCCCAGCGUGGGGCGGAACGACAUUCGAGUACAGAUGCUGGACUACGUGGUCGGCACAUUUUUCCCCGAGACCCAGGCCGCUCACGCCGCCGACAGCGUGCAGAGGAACGCGGCCUUCUUCCGGGAGGUGACGCGUCGCACGGCCCGGAUGGUGGCCGAGUGGCAGUGUGUGGGCUUCUGCCACGGCGUGCUCAACACGGACAACAUGAGCAUCGUGGGGCUCACCAUCGACUACGGGCCCUUCGGCUUCCUGGACAGGUAUGACCCUGACCACGUGUGCAAUGCCUCGGACAGCACCGGGCGCUACGCAUACAGCAAGCAGCCCGAAGUGUGCAAGUGGAACCUGCAGAAGCUGGUGGAGGCGCUGGAGCCUGAGCUGCCCCGCGAGCUGGGCGAGGCCAUCCUGGCUGAGGAGUUCGACGCGGAGUUCCGCCGGCAUUACUUGCAGAAGAUGCGCAGGAAGCUGGGCCUGGUGCGCGCCGCCCUGGAGGACGACGCAGCGCUCGUGGCCAAGCUCCUAGAGACCAUGCACCUGACCGGUGCCGACUUCACAAACACCUUCUACUUACUGAGCUCCUUCCCAGCUGGGCCCGACUCCCUGGACGUGCCCGAGUUCCUGGACGCACUGAUCGCACAGUGUGCCUCCCUGGAGGAGCUGAAGCUCGCCUUCCGACCCCAGAUGGAUCCCCGGCAGCUCUCCAUGAUGCUGAUGCUGGCACAGUCGAACCCGCAGCUCUUCGCGCUCAUCGGCACGCGGGCCAACGUCGCCAGGGAGCUGGAGCGAGUGGAGCAGCAGUCACGGCUGGAGCAGCUGAGCUCGGCCGAGCUGCUGAGCAGGAACAGGGGCCACUGGGCCGACUGGCUGCGGGAGUACAGAGCCCGGCUGCAGAAGGACAGGGAGGGCUCUGGCGACAGUGACGCCUGGCAGGCCGAGCACCUGCGCGUCAUGCAUGCCAACAACCCCAAGUAUGUCCUGCGGAACUACAUCGCACAAAAUGCCAUCGAGGCUGCUGAGAACGGAGACUUCUCAGAGGUGCGGCGGGUGCUGAAGCUACUGGAAGCCCCUUACCACACAGAGGGGGAGGCCACCGAGGCGCUGGAGGCCGCAGGGGCUGGUGGGGCACACGGCGGGGGGCACUCCUACAGCAGCAAGCCCCCGCUCUGGGCAGCGGAGCUGUGUGUGACGUGAUCCUCGUAACUGCCUUGGAGGCCCCCACGUGUGGAGCCCCCGAGGCCCUGAGCCCCACCGGGUCCCUGAGGCGGCGGGCACCCCACAGACAGCCCCACCCCCCGCCUCUCCAUGACGGCCGAGACGUCCAGUCAGGACCUGACCCGUCUCUGUCUGACACAGACUCAGCAGCCCCCGCCCCCUGCACAAGCCGCUUCGCACAAGGACAGGAGCUCAGCAGUGGGAACCAGGCGGCCCAGCCCCCUACCUACUGGGCAGACACGGUCCCCAAAUAAACCAGAGGCUUUCCCACC